GCGGGAUGGCGUCUUGUCCCGACUCCGAGGCGGAGCUGAGCCUGCUGGAGUGCCGGGUGUGCUUCGAGCCGUUCGGCCCCGUCCUGCAGCGGCGGCCGCGGAACCUGCCGUGCGGGCAUGUGCUGUGCCGGGGCUGCCUGGUGGCCUUGGGUGGCCCCGAUGGCCGGAGGCUCGAAUGCCCUUUCUGCCGGCGGCCCUGCGGCUCCGCUGAGACCAGCGACUGCCUCCCGCUCCUCCAGCUGCUGGAGGUGCUGGAGACCGCGGGUGGCAGCAUCCCUGCAUCCCUGAGCCGAGGGGUCCCCGGUGCUUCCCUGGGUCUCCGGUUGUCGCUGGGAGGAUGGGGGUCCCUGGUGAACCCCACCGGGGUGGCCGCUUGCCCGAAGACGGGGCGCCUGGCAGUGGCACACGACGGCAAGAAGAGGAUCCACAUCUUUGGGCCGAGUGGAACCUGCCUGCAGCGCUUUGGGGAGCGAGGGGACGCAGGCAAUGACAUCAAGUACGCUCUCGAUGUCACCGUCACCUGGGACGGGCACGUGGUGGUCACCGAUGGCGGGGACCGCGCUGUGAAGGCGUUUGAUUUUGAUGGAAGGGGAGUCCUGGCUGCCCGGGAAGGUUUCCGCUUGCCCUGGGGCUUGGAUGCCACCCCUGAGGGUGAAGUCAUCCUGACAGACUCGGAGGCGGGUGCGCUGUACCGCUUGACAGCCGACUUCACCAACAGGGAAUUCAAGAAGUGCCAGAUGAUCCGGUCUCAGCUCAUCAACCCGAGAGGGGUUGCUGUCUCUCCGGUCUCAGGGGCUAUUGUGGUGAUAGAGCACCUGAAAGCUCAAGGACCCAACGGUGGCAGCACCCGAGUGAAGAUUUUCAGUGCAGAGAUGGAUCUCAUUGGACAGAUGGAUAGCUUCGGUUUGAAUCUCGUUUUCCCCUCCAAAAUAUAUACUACAGCUGUGGCCUUUGACAAAGAGGGACGUAUUAUCGUAACAGAUGUCUGUAGCCAGGCUGUAAUAUGUUUAGGGAAACCUGAGGAGUUUCCCAUCUUUAACUCUCUAAUAAGCCAUGGGCUUUCUUAUCCUGUAGGACUGACUUACAUGGUAAAUAAUUUCCUUGUUGUUUUAGACAGCGGUGAUCAUUCAAUAAAAAUAUAUAGCUCUACCUGAACGGGCUCAGAUGCUUACUGCUAUAGGCUUAGGCUGGUCACAAAGCAAGCAAAGUGCUGGUGUUCGUAGGCGUGUAGGGAGGAGGCAUUUUCUGGGCUUUACUUUAAGUGAAAUUGCCCUCUUUGACUAACGUGCUGUGUUUCCUCCUAAACUUAGAGCGAAUCUCUUGCCUGUCUGCAGAAGACCCAGCUGUUGCAGGCCAUAGUUAGCAAGGAAUCAACAAAAUAAAUAAUUUGGCACUUUAAAACAUUUAAAAUUCCUUGAAAACCAAAUGUUUUUGGUAUUUUUUGACAAGUAAUAACAGCGACAUUUGGAAUGGAAUAGUCAAAGCAAUGUUGGAGGAGUCAAAGACCAGCAUCUGGGAGAGAAAGUGAUGCAUUGUUUUUUACCUUUCCCAGCAUGUAGUUUUCAUUAUUCUUCAUUAAGCAUAGAUACACUCAUCAGAGUGACAGAGUGGUUCCUGUUCCUAGGAUUUCUGAAAGAAAGGAGACUGGCUUGGCAAAACGAUGGGAUAAAUGGAAGCUUCAGUUCAGUCACCUGAAUCCAGCUAAGAUCAUUGCGAUGGAGGAGCUAUCACUGGUUAGUGAGUUGUGUGAAAUGAACUGGUGCUCAAAGUCUGUUUUUUCCAUACGAGGGAAGCGCACUUCUAGGACCACUCUUCUCCAUUCUAGUUCAUUCCCACCUUUAUUAAGAGUUGUACUGGAGCACUCGGUCUUCCUGUAUAAUGCGCAAUUCUGUGUCUUUACCUAGAGAUAAUUUGGUGUGUGGUACCAGCAUGGGCAGCUUUCCUUAAAAGCCCCUUGAAGUAUUCAUGUUUAGACCACAAAUACUUUUAAAUAUAUAAAAUUGAGUUGGCUGUGCUGCUAACACAGCUACACAUGGGAGGUUUCAAAUGCUGCCUGCCUUUGUCUUGUCAUUAAUAUGGUACUUCUGUGCCACAAACUCGCAAGAUUCAGCUGAAAAUUGAAAUGUUGGUGAGAAAUAAUAGAGAAAGGGCAACAUAAGCCUCAUUUUUUCUUAGCAUCAAAUGAGGUUUUGUUGACUGUGAAUACACAGCAGGUUUACUCCAGUUUGUAUUUCCUUCAAAAUAGUUUCACUGUGGACAUGAGUUCUGUUGCCUUAUUGCAUGGUGGAAAUUAAGGUAUAGCUGAAUUAUUUUGAGAAGGAUUUAAGAUUCCCACUAGAAGCCACUGCUGCAUUUUCAGGCAUUUACCUGCUGCUAAAAUGACUGUGUAGGCAGUUCAGCAUUAAAACAAUGUUUGAUAUCAAAGUAAAUGCUGUCUGAGGUAGAGACUAGUCAGUUAAAAUGGUAUAAAACUAUUUGGGACGGGUUUUUUUUAUUUAGUCACUGAAAUAAUUAAUAUUAGCUAAUGUAAUUUGACAUUCACUGGCAAUCUUUAUAUUGGUAAAUUUUGAGUCUGGCUUUUGGCCUGACUUUAUGGCAUUCAAUAACUGCAUGUGUUGCUGCACCAAUGGUUUUCCAAAUACUUUGAACUGGAGUGGUUUUGCCCUUUAAUCCAGACAAUGUAUCAAUAUGUCUUAUGUUAACAUUUAUAUAAAUGAAACAAAUACUAAAUGCAGCUAUUUGUAAAGGUUAGUUGAACAGUGACCGGCCAAUAAAGUGUGAUUUGCCUGCUCCUAUACUGGAAAACUCCUCGUAUCUUUUUUUCAUGGGUUUCUCUGUUACAAUCAAAUUUAUCUGUUGUGGUUGCCCUGUAGAUGGUUUCCUUUUUUUAUUUGGAGAUAUCCUGCUAAAGUUUUUGUAGUGUCAUUUAUUGCCAUUGAAAAAUCAAUGGAUAUGCACAUCUAGUCUUUUCCAGCCCUCUCUACUGCCAGGCCCCACAGUAAGAGCCUUUGAUGGGACUGGAAAUACUCCUUGCCUGUUCUGCAGUAGGAGGUGUCUGACCCUGAGCAGGAGCCCUCUCGAGGGGUCAGGAAGCAGCCUCCUGGAUAUUUCACUGUCUGAAGAAUAUAAAAACAAUUAGACAACGCUCCUUUUGGGGAACUGCUGUUUCAAGAUGCGCAUAAUACUAUCAAUGCUUUAUUCAUACAUAAUUAAUAGUUGAUUACAAUAGCAGUUGUGGGACCUGGAACCUUCCUCUGAACGGUGGGCUGUGAGCUUUCAUCUCCUCAAACCUUUGUGUGUGAGGAGCUUGGUUUUGCUACUGAGCUCAUGGAUGAGCAAAUUUCCUAGCACCUACUACCACAUAGGCAACUUUCCAGCAGCUCAAAUGCUGAUUUUUAAAUAUUUGAAUUGUGCUGUUUUAAAAUCCA